AUGAUUUCCCCUUCACAAGGAAGCAUUCAAGGUGGCACCGUGCUAACGAUAAGUGGACAGUUCUUUGAUCAGACAGAUUCCCCUGUCAGGGUUCUUGUUGGAGGUCAAGCCUGUGAUAUUUUGAAUGUCACAGAAAACAGCAUAUGCUGCAAGACACCCCCUAAGCCUGAAGUUCUCAGAACUGUCUAUCCAGGUGGGAGAGGCCUAAAGCUUGAGGUAUGGAAUAAUAGUCGGCCAGUGCAUCUUGAAGAGAUACUUGAAUACAAUGAAAAAACGCCAGGGUACAUGGGGGCCAGUUGGGUAGAUUCGACUUCCUAUAUUUGGCCCAUGGAGCAAGACACGUUUGUUGCACGCUUUAGUGGAUUUUUGGUGGCUCCAGACUCUGACGUUUAUAGAUUCUACAUCAAAGGUGAUGACCGUUAUGCUAUUUAUUUCAGCCAAACUGGACAUCCAAAAGAUAAGAUAAUCACAAACGAGACAGAGAAUGAGUCUGUUUACAGAGGAAAUAAUUGGCCAGGGGAGUCAAAGAUUCGUAUUCAAAGAAUUCAAGCCGCGUCCCCACCUCUAAGUGGCAGUUUUGACAUUCAAGCUUAUGGACACAUCCUCAAAGGCCUUCCUGCCAUGGUGUCAGCUGUGGAUUUACAAUUUGCACUCCAGAGCGUGGAAGAAGUGGGCCGUGUCUCAGUGACACGUGAAGGAACUUGCGCUGGAUACUCAUGGAACAUCAAGUGGAGAAGCACAUGUGGAAAGCAGAAUCUUCUACAGAUUAAUGACUCCAAUAUUAUUGGAGAAAAGGCUAAUAUGACAGUUACGAAGAUAAAGGAAGGUGGCUUAUUCAGACAGCGUAUACUUGGAGACCUACUUCGUACACCCAGCCAACAGCCACAGGUUGAAGUCUAUGUCAAUGGAAUUCCAGCUAAAUGUUCGGGUGACUGUGGGUUUACGUGGGAUCCCAUGGCCACUCCAUUAGUAUGGGCCAUAAACCCGUCUCAAGGGACCUAUGAAGAAAGCACAAUUCUAACCAUAUCAGGCUCUGGAUUUUCUCCCAAUUCAACUAUAUCAGUCUCAGUUGGACCAAUGGGUUGCUCUCUUCUUUCUGUGGUUGAAAAUGAGAUCAAGUGCCAGAUUCUGAAUGGAAGUUCUGGCCAUUUCCCAGUUGCUGUGUCCGUAGCUGAUGUUGGACUAGCACGGAAUGUAGAGGGUCAGACAUUCCAUUUCACGUAUCAGAAUCGGAUCUCACACAUCUGGCCUGCUUCUGGCAGCCUGGCAGGUGGUACUCUUCUGAGUGUAUCUGGAUUUGGCUUUAAUGAAAAUUCAAAGGUAUUAGUUGGAAAUGAAACCUGCAAUGUGAUUGAAGGGGAUUUGAAUAAGAUAACCUGCAGAACACCAAAAAGAAUUGAGGGUACAGUUGAUAUUUCAGUUAUUACCAAUGGAUUUCAAGCCACAGCAAAGGAUGCUUAUAGUUAUAAUUGUUUACAGACUCCAGUUAUAACUGAUUUUAGUCCAAAAGUACGAACGAUACAAGGAGAAGUUAAUUUAACAAUUAAGGGUUAUAACUUUGGAAAUGAAAUCACACAAAACGUGGAGGUAUAUGUUGGAGGAAAACCCUGUCAGAUUUUUCAGUGGAACUUCACAUAUAUUAGAUGUCUUUUGCCCAAGCUGUCUCCUGGAAAACAUGAUAUCUAUGUAGAAGUCAGAAACUGGGGCUUUGCAUCAACAAGAGACAAGUUGAAUGCUUCUAUACAGUAUACUUUGGAAGUGACUGCCAUGUUUCCACAGAGGGGCUCUUUAUAUGGUGGAACUGAAAUCACUAUAAUGGGUUUGGGGUUCAGCACAAUACCAACUGAGAAUACCGUGCUCUUAGGUUCCUUCCCUUGUGAUGUGAUUUCAUCAUCAGAAAAUGUCAUAAAAUGCAUUCUUCAUUCAACAGGGAAUACAUUCAGGAUUACCAGUAUUGGAGAAGAUUCAGGUAUCAGCCAACAUUUAUAUGUUGUAAAUUAUGGAACAUAAUUACAACCUGAAGUUGACCUGAUUUUUAUUUAUUUAAUACUUCAAAGUAUUCAGAGGAAAAAGU